ACCAAGUAUAUGAGAGUCUCCAGUUAGGUUCUGGAAAGCCAACUUGAAGCGCCAAUUCAUCACUUUCGGAUCUCAAUCUCACCAUGCCUAAACGUAUUCUCUGCUCCUACGGUGUCGACAUUGACGCCGUCUCUGGCUGGCUUGGUUCAUACGGCGGACAAGACUCUCCCAAUGAUAUUUCCCGUGGCUUGUUUGCAGGAACGCAUGGAACUCGCCGAAUGCUGAAGCUGUUUGAUAAGUACAAUAUCAAAGCAACAUGGUUCAUUCCCGGCCACACACUCGAAACGUUUCCCGAAGAAUGCGCGAUGGUCCGAGAUGCAGGUCAUGAGAUUGGCCUUCACGGAUACUCACAUGAGAACCCUACGGACAUGACAAUGGAGCAACAGCGUGAUGUCCUGGAGAAGACUCACAAGAUGUUGACGGAUUUCUGUGGCAAACCUCCUCGCGGUAGUGUCGCUCCUUGGUGGGAGACCAGCAAAGAAGGCGCCGACUUGUUGCUAAGUUAUGGUAUUGAAUACGAUCACUCCAUGUCUCAUGAUGACUGCCACAUGUACUGGCUGCGAACUGGAGAUAGCUGGACCAAGAUUGACUACAAGCAAAAAGCCGAGACUUGGAUGAAGCCGUUGGUUUAUGGCAGAGAGACCAAUCUUGUGGAGAUUCCGGCGAACUGGUAUUUGGACGAUCUACCCCCCAUGCUGUUCAUCAAAGACGCUCCUAACAGUCACGGCUAUGUCAACGCACGCGAUGUUGAAGAUCUGUGGAGAGAUCACUUUGACUACUUCUACAGAGAGAUGGCUGAUGACCCGAACGAGAUCUGCGUAUUCCCACUUACUGUUCACCCCGAUGUGUCAGGGAGACCCCAUGUGCUCCUCAUGCACGAGAGGCUGAUUGAGUACAUCAACAAGCAUGAGGGUGUGGAAUGGGUGACGAUGGAGCAGAUGUGCGAUGAAUUUAAGAAGAAGAGUAGCCCACCUGAAGGAGCAAAGACGUCUAAAUAGCACACUGGAUCAAACGGCUCUUUCCACGAUAUAAACGUACAAAAUCCUGACCUAG